GAGCAAACAGCAAGUUUAAAGUGUCACAGGCAGGGCAGGUAAACUGAAGUUUGCAUAAAUGGAAAUAAGUUCUGCCCAUCCUCUUCUCCAUUCCAAAUUUCUAAAGCCUCUGAUAAGUUUUCCCGCACCUCCAUCACUUCCCAUCUUUCAAUGUAAAGCUUCUUUUCUUGCUUCUAAUUCAGCACUGUCUCAAUCCUCUAAGAGCUUUCUCACACAGUUACAAGGAGUUGGAAUCAAAACAAGGCAACAGUGGAGUGUUGGAGCCAUACACGCUUCCAAGGCUGAAAACCCUCCAACAGAUGUUUCAGAAAGAUGGCUUCUUGUACCUGUUGGUGAUGGAGAUACAAGACACAUAGGUUACAAUGUCAAAAUGCCAGAUGCAUUUGAAAUUGCUUCUGGUGAGGUGACUGUUGGUCGACUUCCUGAGAAAGCUGAUGUAGUGAUUCCAGUUGCAACAGUAUCCGGUCUGCAUGCUCGCAUUCAGAAGAAACAAGGGAAUCUCUUGGUCACGGAUUUGGACAGCACCAAUGGGACAUUUAUUGAUGAAAAGCGGUUGAGACCUGGAGUUGUUUCCACUGCAUCAACUGGGAGCCGCAUUAUAUUUGGGGAUAUUCAUUUGGCAAUGUUUCGUGUUUCCAAGCUUAACACGGUGGAAGUUGCAAGCAAAGCAGAAGAAUAUGAAGAUAAACAAGAGACUGAUAAGCCAACCGAGACUACUGAAACAGGUUGAAGCUGAGGACAUGACAUCUUAGUAAACUAUAGGUGUGAAUGAAUAAAUUUGUUUACUCAGAUAUUUGAACCUCUUCAAAAUGUUACUGAAUUUUGUUGAGGUAAUAACAAAAUAAAUGAAAAUAUAUGUGGUACAUCACUCAUUUCUCAA